ACCUUACCUUCAGUACAUAACGCGACAUUCGAGGUCGCGCACGCGGGCGUUUAUACGAAAAAAGUUAUCGAUACUUCCUUCCGAACGCACACGUCACUAUUUCGUAUUCCAGCGGGAACAUUCGAUUUUCGAAAUCGCCGCCACUAUUGUUUUAUUUUUUUAAACAUUACUCCGUGCCAGUUCAGAUUCUCAGUUCUGUGACCACGUGUCGGCAGUAAAACCUUUUUUCGAAAACAAAAUGAAAAUUAUCCGAAUACAGCAUUAUCUGUAUUUCGCUAUUAAGUAACAAUCUUGAGUGAAAAGUGUAAGCAGUAUUAACCACGUGUAUUUUCAAGUUAACUCAUCAAAGAAUCUCAUCAAUAAUGUACAAAGUUCUGCUAUUUGCCGCCGCGGCGCUACUGUGCGACUCCCGCGCAGCCAAUAUCAACCGACAUAUGAAAAUAUUAGACAUGGACAACCAUAUAGAAAGCAAUUUAGUACCCCGCCAACAAACGAAGCGCUUCAUAACACUGACAAAGCGACCCUCAGCGAAACUGUCACACGUCGCUGGUACCACACUGGAACUGACUUGCGAGGCGAUCGCUGCACCAGCGCCAUCUGUGCAUUGGUUCAAGAACGACGCACCUGUUACUGAGUACGACAAAGAGUCAAACGAAAUAAUAGACACCAAUCCGUCAUCUCUCGGUCGCGUCAGUUCCACCCUGUUGGUGUCCCGCUCGGGGCCCCGCGCAAGGUACACCUGCCUAGUGGUGUCGGGCCCCUCCACAGCUAGGGCCUCCACUGUGGUGUAUAGUGAGGAUGGCAGCACGGAGCUAUCGGAGCGCUCGAAGCUCGUCCCGCUGGCGCCGCGCAUCCUGGUCUCGUACAAGGUGUUCGUGGACAUCAUCGGCGCGAACGUGGCGCUGCCGUGCCGCGUGCGCGGCCACCCGCGCCCCGCGCUCGCCUGGCGGGAUAAUAACGGGAAGCUAAUUAAGAACGAUCAUAGGAUGAAGGUGCUCCGUUCAGGCGAACUCGUGAUAGUUGGCCUUCGGUGGGAAGACAUGGGCGAGUUUACUUGCCACGCCAGUAAUAUAUUCGGUUCCGCAGAAAUAAAAACCUUCGUUUAUCCAGCGCGACCGGACGAUAAAGAUGGAUAAAACUGAAGCGAGAUGAAGCAAGAUUACUUAAAACGAUGUUCCUGUUACUUAUAAGAGCACUUCACACAAACGGCGAAACGCUGCGUUUUUAUAUUUAUUAUUUUUUAGACGAAUCUUCUUAGAACUUUACACAGUUGUAGUUUCUACUAUAUUAUAGAAAAAUAUGUAAAAAUCUUUUUAGAUGUCUAAACAUGUUUCUGAACACGACAAAUAAAAUUUCUUGUUACGUAAUUAAAGGCAAUUCAAUAAAAAAAUUAUUUUAAAAUCUUUAAAAUAUGUAUUUUAUUCCCGUUUCAAUUAAUCUGUAUUAUUACUUACCUAUAAAAGUCGAAGUUACAACCGAAAUUAAGAGCUAAUACUUAGAAAGCACAUGCAUAUAGAUUUUGUUUAAAAAAAAUAAAUAUGUAAAAAUUCAUUUAAAAACUAAAAAAAAUACUUUUUCUACAAUUACAUAGUAAAUUAGCACUCCUAUUAUUGUUAAAGUGUUUUUUAAAUAUUCAAAAUUGUAUCUUUUUUUACAUAGCCUUUGACGAGUUGCUAUUAACGUAUUAAUUAUUCACACAGUAUAUAUAUUUAUUUUUAUUAACGCAUGCGGUACUUUGUAAAAUUAAUUGGUGAAAUUAUUUUUUGUUUUUUCUCUGCGAAUAUUAAAUGUACAAUUAUUAUAGCUACAAAUAAUAUUUAUAGAAUGUCUUCCAUUGUCAUUUAUAUCAUAAAGAAUUACGAGUAUCAACACCUUUAAUAAACACAUUUUUUACAAAUACCCGCAUUCCCAAUAAAUAAAACAACAAUACUAAUUUCCGCCCGCGGUUUCGCUCAUUACAACCCCAAUUCGAUUCACGACUUAUUUCCUCCACAAGACUCCUUCGAAGAAUCUAUCAAAACGUUUAAAUCCAUCAAAAUCGGUUCAGGCGUGUGAUAAACCAAUUUACUGUCCCUUUAUAUACUUGGUGCGGCUGGUCCCACCGAAUACGAGGCGUUCUGCCUUUAAAUAUAUGAAAUUGUUAUUAAAAUCUAAUGUAAUAUAUAUUAUAUUCAAUAUUAUUGUGUUUUU